AGGCGGCGCGUGCGGCGGAGUGUCGCUGGGCGCGCACCUAGUCUGCGCGAAGGCCCCCGGCCUCACCGACAAGCAGCGCGCCAUGUGCCGCGCAUCGCCAGCCGCCAUCGCGGCCAUUGGAGACGGCCUGCGGAUGGCGUACGAGGAAUGCCGCGUGCAGCUGAGCGGGCGCCGAUGGAACUGCAGCGGCGUCGGCGACGGCAACCACUUCGGACACGUUAUGCCGAUGGCGACUCGCGAGGCCGCGUUUACGUACGCCAUCACGUCAGCUGGCGUGACGCAUGCGCUGAGCAUGGCGUGCGCGCGCGGCGAGCUGCCCGCCUGCGGCUGCACCGCCAACAGACGGCGCGUAGUGAACGCAGUGGAGCAGUUCCAGUGGGGCGGGUGCGGGUCAGGCGCGUUUGGUGCGCGCGUGGCGCGGCGGUUCCUCGACGCGCGGGAGCUCGAGCGGGAUGCGCGCGCGCUCAUGAACCUGCACAACAACCGCGUCGGCCGGAAGGUGAGCGAGGUACUACGCACUGCACCUGCACUUAACGAGUUCUUCAAGCUCUUUACUGCAAAAGACUGCAGUUCUGCCCUCGCUGCCGAAGAUCGCGCGGCAUUCCUGUCCUCCGACUCUUUAAAAGUUCAGGGCCGCGUGCCGACGAUCUCG